UCCUGUUCCUGUUGGUCAAGUACUAAUAUAAUUCUCUCCCAAAAAUUAAAAGUAAUAAAACUUAUAAACUUCAUCAGCAUGGCUACAGCUCUAGAACAGCUAAAGCAAUAUACUACCGUGGUUGCAGAUACAGGAGACUUCAAAGCAAUUGAUCAAUUUAAACCAACUGAUGCCACAACAAAUCCGUCCUUGCUCUUGGCUGCUUCAAAAAUGCCCGAAUAUAAACACAUUUUGGACGCAGCUAUACAAUUUGGAAAACAGAAUGGAAAGGAUAAAAAUGAACAAGUUGAGAUGACAAUGGAUAUGUUGUAUGUGUUGUUUGGAAAAGAGAUAUUAAAAAUUGUUCCUGGCCGGGUUUCAACUGAAGUGGAUGCAAGACUGUCAUUUGACGUUGAAGGACAACUAAAGAAGGCUCGUCGUUUGAUUCAACUUUACGAAAAAGAUGGCAUUAGUCGUGAAAGAAUUCUUAUAAAGCUCAGCUCAACCUGGGAGGGGAUAAAAGCUGCAGAAGUUUUAGAAAAGGAAGGAAUUCAUUGCAAUAUGACUUUACUUUUCUCUCUUGCUCAGGCUGUGUCAUGUGCUGAAGCCCAAGUGACUCUAAUCUCUCCGUUUGUCGGACGUAUCUUUGACUGGUUUGUAAAAAACACCGAUCAGAAAUCCUUUGCACCAGCGGAUGACCCAGGUGUGAAAAGCGUGACAGGAAUCUACAAUUACUACAAGAAGUUUGGAUAUAAGACAGUUGUUAUGGGAGCGUCGUUUAGAAACACAGGACAGAUAACAGAAUUAGCCGGAUGUGAUCUCUUGACAAUAAGCCCAAAAUUAUUGGAAGUAUUGAGUGCAUCAACUGAGACAGUUCAACGGAAAUUAUCCCCAGAAGCUGCUGCAAGUGUGGACAUAGAGAAAUUACAUUUGGAUGAAAAAGCGUUCAGAUGGUUACUCAACGAAGACGCGAUGGCGACAGAGAAACUCUCGGAGGGAAUUCGAAAAUUUGCUGCAGACUCUGUGAAACUCGAGGCAAUGAUCAAGGAGAAUCUUUGAACGAACAGCGAUGUGUAGCUCUGAAUUUAAUUUAAAAUGCUUAAACCACCGAUAUAGUCCUACAUUGAACUGGUUGUUGGAAAGUACAUAGUAAAAGAGGAAUUACAAUUACUAGUAAAUAUUUUUCAUUGUAAUCUUUAUAAAGGCAAAACGCACAUGUGAUCACAAUAGUAAACUAAAAUUCUCAC